CGCGGGAUAAUUGAGUCUGAAGGUCGAUCUCAUCAUAAUCACACGAGUAUUCGGUUUUGGUACACCGUUAUGGACUCUACAUGUGCAUCUACAAACGAAGGGCACUUGUUAAGUACCCAUCGUCAUUUUUUCGAGCUCCUCGUUCUCUUCUGUAUGUCUAUAUUUGGUGCAAAGUACGUGCUGAAGCUUUUCAAAAAAUAUAAAGGAGAGUUUCUUCGUGCUGGGUUUGCUGGUGUCGACAUGAAUAAACCGUCUAAGCCAACAAUACCUGAAGCCCAGGGAGUAAUAUGUGGUGUUGUUUUUCUCUCCAUCAUGUUUCUGUUCAUUCCUGUUCCCUUUUGGAGAUACCUCGUUAGCAAAGCUGAUGUGCAAUCACUAGAGGUAUAAAAAUUUGUUGACCUACCCUACUUGUGACAGGUGUGCCCGACAAACAAAUUCAUCGGGGAACAGGAAAUUAUGUUUAAAAGCCAGGUAUGAGUAAAUCAUCAUGAUUGUCCAUAUUCACCUAUAGUUCAUUCAAUUUCUUGCUGGUUUAUUGUCCAUAUGCUGCAUGCUUUUCUUGGGAUUUGCCGACGACGCCCUCAACUUACCUUGGAGGCAUAAAAUUGGUUUUCCAUUUGUUGCAGGCUUACCUUUACUGAUGGUCUAUCUAGCCAAUGAGGGGACCACAAGCAUAGCUGUCCCAGUUAUGCUGAGAAACGCUUUCGGUAAUAGCGUAGAUAUUGGUAUUUUAUAUUACAUAUAUAUGGGUUUGCUGACUGUGUUCUGUACUAAUUCUAUAAACAUCUAUGCGGGAGUAAAUGGUCUUGAAGUUGGUCAGGCAAUUGUGAUUGGUGCUUCUCUAAUUUUAUUCAAUCUGAUCGAACUUUCUAGUUACCACUGGCGUGUUCAUCUUUUUUCACUCUACUUUCUGAUCCCAUUUUUGUCUGUGUGUUGGUCUCUGUAUCGUGUAAACCGUUAUCCGGCGAAGGUUUUCGUGGGUGAUACAUUCUGUUAUUUUGCAGGCAUGACUUUCGCUGUAGUCGGUAUUUUGGGUCAUUUCAGCAAAACAUUAUUACUAUUCUUUCUACCGCAAAUUGUCAACUUUCUGUAUAGCACUCCUCAGCUGUUUGGUUUGAUUCCCUGCCCACGACAUCGAUUGCCUCGAUACGAUCCAGCAGAUGGUCUAUUACACCCCAGUCGUGUUCGUUUUCAUCCAAAGUCUUUAUCACGUCCUGGUCAGUUUGUUUUGACUGUGUUUUCGUACGUGGGCAUAAUUGAAUGCAAACUUUGCCCGGAUUGUAUUCCGAAUAUUCCAACAUCACCCAGGACGGGAAUGAUCGUUUCACAACCAUCUCAUGAAAAUAUGUCUUCUGAUGAAGAACAAACAUCGGAAAGACAAAGAGCUAGGAGUAGAAGCCCAGUUCAAACCAAGCUACCUACUGAAGAAAUUGUUGAAGUAGACAACCUUACUGUCAUAAAUAUGAUGCUACGUGUUUUGGGACCCAGAAAUGAACAACAGACCACCAAUACUCUUUUGCUACUCCAAAUACUUUGUUCUUGUUUCGCAUUUAUGAUUCGUUAUCCCCUUGCAUGGUUCUUUUAUGAUGUACCAGCUAAGUAAUUACAAUAAAUAUUCUGUUCAUAACAUUGUAUGAAUUAUUUUGUGCAAUGUUUUAGUUGUAUCUAAACAUAAUAAUUAUUAUUACUAUUACUAUUAUUAUCAUUAUUAUUGUCAUUAGUAGAGUAAAGCAUAUAUGUAUUAUUUACAUGACUGACUAUUGUAUAUCAGCCAUUUUGAAAUAUAUCCUUUCAUUUUAUGUACAUUUAAUUGUUCAUGUGUUUUCAUUAUAAUUAUUUUGAAGAUGUAUUUCGUUAUUGAAUUCACUUUUUUUUAAAUGGCAUUUAAAAAAAACAAAAAAAUUGGUUCUAUUUAUAUGAUCUUUAUUUUGUUUACAUCAUCUAUUCUAUGCAAUAUUAAAAAUCAUGUUUGAAUACAAUACAAUCAACGUACAUUCAAUCUAUUUUCUGCACGUGUUUUUUUUUUUUCAAAUGUACAAAUUAGUGAUGAAAUAUUUUCAUUGUUAUUAUCUAUGAUAAAAAAUGAAAAAUAUUUGUUCAUUACUUUAAUAGUAUAAUAAUACAAUGAAUUUUACUCAUCAUUUAUAUUGUCAUUAAAAUAUAAAUGUAGUAAACUAUAUGUUUGUUUAUACUUUACAAACAAAUUUUUAUUCAUGAUUAUUUGAAAGUUAAAUGUAUGUUUUACUUCAAUGAAUCUCUAUUAAUGUAACUUGAUAAGUUUGUCUGUUAGUUUUAGAUAUCAUAAUACUCUUGGUGUGAAUGUGAAUCCGUUUAAGUUGUCACAUUAGCGUAGA